GCGAGUGGUCCCGCGGAUUUGAUCGAGGUCCCACUAGCAGCAGUGGGACCACUGUCCCCGCUUGUGACGUCAUAGAUUUCUUCCGUUCGAUAAUCCGUGCUCCCGAGUGAACAAGUUGCGCGUGGGACCAGGGAAGUGAAAGGGCCCCUCUCCCCGCCAAGCCCGCACCAGAAUCGCAGCAAAUCCAGCAAAAAAAGCCUGUGUGGCGACGUGCGUGCGUGCGCGUUUGUGAGCGCUUGGUGAAAAAACGUCUCGGUUGUCGCUUUGGCCGCUGCAAAUCGACAGAAAAGUGGCUCGGCUUGUAGGGAAGCGAGCGAAGCAUCAGAUAAGCGAUCGAAUUAGUCUCAGGAAUCGCGGAGAGCGGAGUUUUCUGCUGUUUUCGUCGUCCUGGAAUUCCUUCGGAGGCGUCACUUGCGGAUAGUUAGCCAGGGGUCCUGUAGAUGGCGCGACGACAGUGAUGGCACAAAAAAAAGAGUGCGGGACUGCGGUGAAACGGUGUUUUUAGAUUAAUUUCCUUUUAUUGGACCUUAGUUUUAUCAGUGCAAAUAACAUUCGAGCGUAUUUUACAUAUCCAGCCAGAGUGACUGGACGAGACCCCAAAUCUGCACAGAUUUGUAGAUUCUCUUACCCCAAAGACCGGGCCGCAUCUAGUUAACAUAGAUGCAAUCAUAAACGCAGCGCAGAGGACAAACAUUGUACAUAACAUUUCCUAGGCAGAAGGAAUCCUAGUCAAAUUGAAGCCACAAUGAUGGCUUUCGAUACGUUAAUUGUGAACGAGCAGUAGAGAGCUGUUUGCUGGCGCGUCGCUUCGUUGCGUGUCACGUUUGUUCUAGAAGAUGGCUCAAUUCUUCCAAAUUGUUCAGUCGAAUGAUCUGAAGAAUAUGUACCCACAGCUCAACAUCGACAACAGCAUCCAGCUAGUGAUGGGCGAUGACAUGCAGUUUGGCUCGCAACAGGUGAUAUUGCCGCAAGAUCCUUCAUCGGAUAUGCAAAUGCAACUCGGUGGCGGAGACAGCAAUCAGCAAAUGCAGCAGAUUGUUUACCAGACGACUUCGCAGAGUAUACCUCCGCUGCAACAGAUACCGCAGCAGCAGUCGUCGACUAUAAAUACAACGAAUUAUAUUGUAAAACAAGAUGAUAAUCCUAUGAAUAGUGCAUUCAUGAGUAGCACGACAGACCAACAUUUGGCGCAGGGAAUGGGCGCACCUCAGCCACAAUCGCAGCAGGCGCCACAGCAGCAGCAAAUUUAUUAUACAGACGACACAACAGGACAGAUGGUGCAUGCGGCCAACAUCGUCCAAAACCAUGACCCGCUACAUGAUUCAGCCCCACAGCAACCGACUCUGCAUACCAUGCAGACGGCUGCCGAGCAGCAGUAUCAGCAGCAGUUGCAUCAAGCUCAGCCGUUGCCGCAGCAGCCACAGCUCACUACGCCACACCAGGUCAUUAAUGUUCAAGGAAUGCAACGGCAAGGUAAUUCGAUCAUUCUUCGUCAAACGGAUCCAACAAAGCAACAACCGGUGGCGAUGUCCCAACCGGUACUGCAUGAACAGGAGGUACAGCAACCGGCACCGCCGCCACCUCCGCAACAGCAGCAGCAGCAGCAGCAGCAGGUGCAGAUUCAACAGAAUCAACACCAAAUAGUUUAUCAGCAUUCUCCUAACCAGUCAAACAUGAGCAUCGGUCAACAGAUGGUUCCACAAAUGACACAGCAACGCAUUCACAUACCCGCACCUCCCACCGCACUUCAGCAGCCAGGGCAGGUUGUCGGCAUCAAUUCGAUGGGUAACAAAGGCGGCAUGCGGCACUGUCUAAUAGUAACGCAAACUGCCCAAAAUCAGCAACAGACGCAACAGCUGCAGCAAGUUGUGGUCAAUCAACAGCAGCCUAAUUUAUCUGGCCACCAGCAAACGAUACAAAUUCAGUCUCCCAUUACGUCGCAGCCAUCGUUGAUCAUUCAGCAACCAGCUCAGUCCCCGGCGCCUCAGCAAACGCAGGCGAGACUGGUUGCCGCCAUUGUAAAUUCCAACGCAGCUCGUGCAAAGGCUCCACGUCCGCGUGUAAAUCGAAUGCCGGCUCCAAGGGCACCGGGUGCGCCAACGGUACUACAAACACGCCCAGGUGGAGUAAAGAUUAUGACGACAAUACGGCCCACAGGAACGACGGUUGCUCAGUCUCUUCCUUCGCAACCACAACCGACGGUGCAAAUUACUGGACGGGGAAGCUACAUUAUUGCCAAUAACCGGCCUAAAUUCAUGCCCAUCAGUCAGCAGCGCGCACCGCUCACGAACAUGGGAUCGAAAUUGGCCAUAAUUGGGCAUCGGCCAGUAGUAGCAUCCCAGGUUCAACAGCCACAACAAAAUCAGCAGCAAAUACUGCAAGGACAGGGACAGGGCCCAACCGCAGGAGCCGUGCAACCGUUGUUGGUUAGUCAGGCAUCUGCACAAACAACAAAGGCCUCGACCGGUGUUUCGGUGGGCACCACUUCUUGCUCAGAUAGUAGCGAUCUGGGAGACCUGGAGGAUAGCAUUAAAGCUGCUGUUGUAACAAAGCGUGGUGCGGACGAUACGAAAAGUGCAGUCGUACCCAAUGCAGGUGGUACCACUGCAGUCAUAUAUCAGUCGCUACAGCAUCCUCAGCAAGUUAAUACACAAUCUGCGGUUCAGUCGCAGCCCACGGUCCAAAUGGCGAAUACGAACUUUCCAGAUAACUCUGCGAACCUUAUUCAGCUAGCCAAUGGACAAACGAUGACUUCGGUUCAGUUUCGUACCUUCCAGGAGAAGCAACAGCUUCGCCAGCAGGAAGCGUUUAGAGGGGGAUUCAAUCAACAAGCACGCCUCCGAAUGCCUAUGCGUAACAUGGUAGUUCGAAAUCGUGCGCCUUUAAACCGCCAAACGGUGGCACUGCACGCUCAGCAAUCUCCGGUGCAGCAACUACAACAAUCUGCUGCAAUGCAACAACAACAGCAACAGCAGCAGCAGCAACCGAUGCAAAUGGGCACUCAUCAGCUGAUCCAACAGCAGCCGCAACUAACUCAACCUACAUCAAUACCAAACGUGCAGCAAUCUCAGCAGAUGCAUCAAAUUCAGACCGUGCAGCUGCAGCAGCAACAGCCCCAGACCAUACUUACCCAGCCAACGAUCAUCCAGCAACACAUCAUCCAGGAACCGGAGAUGCGUGAGAGUGCUCGGAUGCUAGUUAUCUUGCAAAGCGGCGAGCAACGGCUGAUCACAUUUACGCUACCGAAGGAAAGCUGCACCGUGCAGGAACUGCUGGAGCAGGUGGGCGUGCAGUACUCACCGGAGAGCAACAUCCAGUGUAUUUCUAAUCCGGGUGGAGAUAUCGAUUACAUCGUAACGGUCGGGAUUAACAUGCAGGAAACGAGUGAGGUGAUCAAGCAGGCGGAACAUACUAUUAAAACGCAGGCCCUGCAGUUGCAACAGCAACAAAUGCAAGAACAGCUCCAGCAACAGCAGCAGCUGCAGCAACAACAACAACCGCAGCAGCAACUGCAACUACAACAGCAGCAGCAGCAGCAACAACAGCAACAGCAGCUUCAGCAGCAGUUACUGCAACAACAACAGCAACAGCAGAUGAUGCCCUCGACGGUGGUUAUGCAGCAGCAGUUUAAUCCACAGCAAUCGAUGACGAUUACUCUGCAAGCACAGCAGCCACAGCAACCGCAACAAACACAGCAACCUACAAUGACUGUUACCUCCCAGCAACCGACCUUACGGUUCAAUGAUUCAUUCCGGCAAACAAUUGCCAUGUCCACCGGUGGGACUUCACUGCGAACGCUAGACUCUAGUGCCGCCGUCAACACACCGGAAGCGGAGAGCGGAAAGCGUGAACCGCAGAUGAAGCUGGUGAAAGGCUAUCUAGCGUUGUGCGCCGCAUGCGGUGCCACUAGCAUAGAUCAUGCCAGGUGUCAGCGAUGCAAGCGGGUGUUUAUCGAAACGCCGCGCCGCAUUCCGGAACAGGAUAGCAAUGUCCCGUCACCAAACCCUCCUCCGCUGAUACCUACUUCCACUUCGACACCGUUGACCUACGUGAACCGCAAGCAUGAACAUCAGCAAUACGGCAAGAAGCAGCAUUCUAUGAGCUUCAUGUUGGCGAUGCGGGGUCGCGGUGGGUCGCGCAGUGGCCGUGGUAGAACCCGGGCGGCUUCUAGCGCUACCGUCACACGAUACCCCGACGCGGAACCAGUGGUCUUUACCCUCAGCAGUGACGACGAGGACUCAAACGCUAGUACUAGAACGAAAACAUUCUUCAAGAAUUCGAUCACCAGCAGCUCAAAGCUGAAUAUAACCCCCCAUGUCACCAGUGCGCGUGAACCGCUACCCUGUGAACCGGUCAUCAGCGAUACCGAACCAAAAAUAGACAAGCCGAGGUUGGAUGUAACCGACGUAAAGAACCUACCGGAUGGCCAGAUAACGCAACUCGACUGCACCACCAUACGCGUGGGCUCGUUGAAGUAUGAAGCCAACGAGAAAGUCACCAUCUCCUCGAAGGGUCUACGGAUUGUGGCACCGAACGUGAAGCGUCCCGAGGAAUACGUUAGCCUGGAUCUGCAGAUGAACGAAAUCGUGAAGGUGGUGGUACAUUUCUCAAAGGCACUCAAUAUCAUGUUCGUGUACACACUGCCCUCCUGUGGCACGUACGUCCGGCAGCAUCUGCAGAUGGAGCUGGGCGACGAAAAGCUUCCCUACUUUAGCCCCAUAAGCCGGGAGAACGAGACGCACAAGCGCAUCACGCUGAUGAUGGAGCGUGUUAGUGAGGAAUCGAAACAAAUCAUCAAAAACAUCUUCAUCGGGCAUCAGAUCGAGGAAAUUACCGCACGGGAUGCCAAUGAGCUGCUGUUGCGCUGUUCGCCUCCCCGAACGGUCACAUCGCCGGGUGGCCAUGGGCGCAACAAUGGGUUCGACAGCGAUUCGAUGCUGGAUGUGACGGAGAUUAGACGGAUAUUGGUGUAUCCGCCCGGUACGGGCGGUAUGUCGAUCAACACGCAGGACUACAUGUGCCUGGCGAUCGACCAGUAUCUGAACGAUAUUAUCAUUGACUUCUAUCUGAAGUACCUGCGGCUGGAGCUGCUGAACGAGGAGGAGCGCAAGAGCGUCCAUAUCUUUAGUACGUUCUUCUACAACCGACUGACAAUGGCACCGGCGCGGCAACGUGGCAACGGCAGUGGUGCCACCAACGGAGAUAAGGAUGUGCGGCAAACGGCGGCCCAAAAGCGUCACGCACGAGUCGCCAGCUGGACGAAACGGGAGAACAUCUUCGAGCGUCAGUUCGUCGUGAUACCGAUCAACGAGCAGUCGCAUUGGUUUCUGGCGAUUGUAUGCUUCCCCGGGCUGGACGGCCCCGUUUCCAUGACUAGCAAUGCUCCGGCCCAGAUACGCAAAUCGACAUCAACGACGACAACGCCAUCGUCGGCCAAGUCAACACCGGCGUCGUCGAUGAAGCCCGUGAAAUCGUCUACCAACAUGACGCUCCAGAUUGGCAACACGACGAUUACGCCGGUGUCAAAGCGUGAACUGGAAUCGAUCACUCUCGGUGGCGACGAUGAGUGUGAGCGUGAUGAGGCGGAAGGGGAUGAGAGUGAGUUGGCGAGCGAAGCGGAUGAAGCGGAAGACGAGGAACCGACCGAUGUACGGCCUGCCAUUAAACAGCCGUGCAUCCUGAUAUUCGAUUCACUGACCGGUGCGUCAAGGAGCAGGGUAGUCGCGACACUGCGUGAUUAUCUGACGUGUGAGUAUCGGGCAAAGAUGCCCGGCAAACCGCCCAAGGUCUUCAACAAGCACAAUAUGCCCGGUCACUGUGUGAAGGUACCGCAGCAGAACAACUACACCGACUGCGGUCUAUACCUGCUGCAGUAUGUGGAACACUUUUUCCUGAAUCCUAUUACGGAUUAUAAUCUACCUAUUAAGCAACUACAGGACUGGUUCGACACUAUAACAGUAACGAAAAAGCGUGAAGACAUUUCCAAUUUACUGAAAGAGCUAGUUGGGAAACAGAAUCCGGAUGAACUGCCACUGCCGGCGAUCGAUUUCCCAACACUGAACGGUAAGCUUAUUAUCGACCCAGAGGAAGGUAUGAAUGAGCCCGAGUUCGAGGAGGAAGAGAUGGACGAGGAAGAGAUAGGCAAAGCAGCUGAUGCAUCGUCGGGUACGAGUGCGAUCGCAAAGAAGGAUAGCGGCAGCUCGGAUAUGGGGAACAGUUCAACACUGCUGAGUGGAACAGGCGUUAGUCUUAUUAAACCGAUCGGCGCAAAGCGGACAUUUACAAUCAGACGCACCGCUAGCCAAACUUAUGCCAAUCGAAAUAACAGUAACAAUGCCGCCAACUUUACCAGCGGAUCAUCCGAGAUACAGCAGCUCGCAACGGGGACUGGUGUGAAGAGACCGCACGACGGUACCAGUAGUAAGCUACAGCAACAGCAGCAGCAGCAACAAUCUUUAGACGGCAUACCGAACAGACCGAAAGCACCCCGAAUCAGUGAUAGUCCCAAUAAGAUCAUAACCUCCUAAACUAGUAA